AUGCUGGCGUCCUCGCCCUCGCCCUCCCAAGCCGCUUUGCGCUCCCCACUUCCUUCCACGGGGUCGCAUCAUUAUGAGAAUUCUGCUCCACAGUUCAAUAGCCCUCGAUCCUCACGUAUGGUUGAAGAACUCCGGUCGGCCUUGAACCGGCAUACCGUCGAUCCCUCCCCUGAAACCUUGAGACGUGCAUCUGCAUCUGACCGAAAGGUCCCUUCGGCCUUGGCCUCGCACUCCGCCAAUUCUGUCCCUCCGACUGCAACCCCUCCGAUGCCCGCCCCAACGGUCUCCAACAAGCGUAACAGCCAGAGCGACCAUCAUUCCGCGGAUGCGACCCCGGCGGAUUACGAUGGUCAGGAUUUGGAGCGGUCGCAGUCCAAGCGCCUGCGCCCCUCCAAACCGGACGUCAAGAUCUUGCCCGCGGAGUAUGAACUAGCAGAGCCCCGUGACAUGGUGGUGCUGAUCUCCAGCAUGCUCAUGGAGCUGAUCCGAUUCAACGACAAGAUCCCUCUGCAUCAAGGCCGCCUGACCCGUUUCCACUCCCGCUCCCCGCCCCGAAUCUCCGUGCAAGAUUACCUGCAGCGGUUGACCACCCACGCCACCCUCUCGCCGCCCAUCCUCCUCAGUAUGGUCUAUUAUAUUGACCGGCUAUGCGCCCUCUACCCCGCCUUCACCGUCUCCAGUCUGACCAUCCAUCGAUUCCUGAUCGCCAGCGCCACCGUCGCCAGCAAGGGACUUAGUGACAGCUUCUGGACCAACAAGACGUAUGCUCGAGUCGGUGGAAUCGGUAUGACCGAACUCGCCAUGCUCGAACUGGAAUUCCUGUUCAAGGUCGAAUGGCGCAUCGUGCCACAACCAGAAGUGCUUGUGGACUACUACCAGAGCCUCGUCGAUCGAUGCGACGGGUUUGAAAUCGAACGCCCCUGCGCGAAUGGCGACUCGAUGACUGGGCCAACAGGCAUGGCGCCAGCAUCCUGA